AUGUCCUCGGCGACCUUAGACGGACAGCCCUCGCUCGUCCACUCACGACGCUUUCUCGCCAGUCUCCUUGCCCCCAAUGCAUCCUCCUCGCCCGGUGCAUCGUUGUAUGGAGCGAUUGGUCGACCAUCGGUGACGAGGUCAAACAGCGCCCAGUCACUCAGAACAGACGAUCUACUGUCCUCGUCAACAAAGCGAUCAGAGUCGCCCUCGCUCAGUACGAGUGCGAGCAAUGGCGACUUGCUCGGUGUAGGAGGAGCCAUGUCGGGCGAACAGAAAGUACAAAAGGUGCUCGACGUCCUCCAAGACCGCUCGCUCGAUGAAGAUGACAAGCCAGACGCGCUCAAUGUUACUCUACGCUCUUUGCUAGAUACUCAGACUGCGGAGCAAGACUUAAAUCAGAUAGUCCUCUCGCUCAUGCACCGCCAUAGAGAGGAUCUGGCGCCUACAGGCGCAUCCUUCUCCCCUCCUCGCACGCCCGUCAAGGCUCCUUCGCUCUCUCGAUCGGCUUCAGGCAUCAGGAUCGCAUCUCAUUCGACUAUGCCUCGCUUGUCCAGUGGCUCGGUACCGUCCCGACCUAUCUCACCUUCACCACUGGGUCCUUAUUCGCCCUCUUCGGGCCUACUCACCCCUUCGAGAUCGUCUCAUUCAAUCUCCGCCGAUACAGAGCCAACAUCGCCGUUCGGAUCGCCAAGGAACGUCAACCUCAGCGCCAGCGCGAGCGAAUUCCGGCCUUCGCCCACUGCUUUCGAGUUCAAACCUCGUUCCAGCAUGGGCGCCCCCGGAUCACCUUCCCCGCUGUCAUCCCCUGCGCUACAGUUCAGGCAACCUGCACAUGCUGCUUCGCCCCUCGGCACACCCAGAAUAAGCUCUUCCAACCUGGCAAACUCGUACUUUGCAGCUGCUCCCGUUAUGGGUACCACUUUUGGCUCGCAGAGCUCAUCACCCUUGCUUGCAAAACCUCUCUUGCCCACAGGCAGAGCGUCGCCCAUACCUCGCGAUCCAUGGACACGACAAGACUCAGUCUCGAACAACUCUGGCGUAUCUACAUUGUCGUCCAGUACAAUCCCCAGUAUUUCGACAUCAGAUUCGAGCGCAAGUAGCCUCGACGAACCUCAGGAGCAAUACGCCAUGUUUGCUGCUUCCGAACUCUCCUCCAACGGCACCCAUCGGUCCACGACCCCUGGCAUUGGCGGUAGUCACUGGGACCCAUUCGAUGACUUUGGGUCGCCCUUUGAUCCACCGGAAGAGACUGCGCAGAUUUCCAGUACGGAAAUACCUGCGUCUGCCGCUGCCGCUGCCGCGAUUGCUCAACCUGGAGCGCCGAUCGAUCAUGCAGGCGGUGGUCUCGGCGGUCUGGGUCCCUAUUCGAUGACUCCCUUCGAUGUGCUCUACUCGAUGUUCGCAGGCGCGGAUUCUGACGUCUCGCCUGAGGAACUCGAAGUGGCACUCUCUCAAACGGGCUACGAAGUCGACAAAGCCUUGGAUUACCUUGUCUCGCAUCCCGGAGGACGCGGCGAUACCGCGAGCCUCGACAUGGGUGGCCUCACACUGGACGAUCAGACUCGCUCGCCAUUCCCGGAACCACCCAGGUUGCCCGGCCGAUUGAAUCUUGCAUCUACGCCUACAGGUAACAGACCUCUCGUCGUAUCCCGAGACUCUUUCAGCCGACAGCAAGGCUUGCAUCCCGGGUCCAUCCAGGGCGGUCUCUCGCCUGCUCAUUCUGCUCCUGGUAGUCCUGCUUUCGGUUCAAGACCGCUCACGCCAUCCGGCAGCACCGGUGGAGCGUCGAAUCGCGUCUGCCGGUUUUAUCUCCAAGGUAGCUGCCUCAGGGCAGAUUGUCGAUUCAGCCAUGACUUCUCAAAAGCCGUCUGUCGCUUUUGGUUGCGUGGCCAUUGCCUCAAGCAGAAUUGCGACUUUAUGCACAGUGUACCUCCGCAUUUGAUACAAGAUGCGGCAGACAUGCGAGCACAGAUCCAGGAGAAAGAACGAGAGAGGAUGCGCGAUCGCUCACAGAUUGUUGACCACGAGUACGAAGAAGAAUUCCCGAGCUUAGGUAGUGAAGGCAUUCGCCAGCCCAAGAGUACUCGCUGGGCAGGUGCGGUCAAAUCGACGCCUUCUUGGUCUCCAAACGCAUCGUUUGCUCAGGCAUCACGUAAAUCUGGACCGUCAGUCAUUGCUAGCCGACCCAUCCCGCCGCUUUCUCGUCCAAGCCCUCGCCUCGUGCUCCGGCCGCCGUCUCUAUUGCCGACUCUCUCCACGGGAGAGACACUCUCACAUCUGUACACAGCCUACCGGACGCAAUUCCUCGAGUUCGGCGCAGACCGUAAUAAAUGUCUGCAAAGGGCAGCUGAAGCCUGGAAGAAAGGCGAUGGAGCAGCUGCAAGACGAUGGUCACGUGAAGCGCAAGACUACAACGCCCAAGUCGCUACUGCAGGUCGAGAAGCGGCCCGGAAGAUCGUGACUGAGCGCAAACGGAUUAUUGCUGAAGCUGUGCAAGCUCGCGAAGGUCGUGCGGACCCGCAAGAUCGAUCACUGAAAGGCAGAGAGAUGGGCAGCGGUCUGGGUAUCUGCCUAGGCGUAGCUUCUGCCGACUUUGUCACUGCACAGGGUGGCGCUUUGUCCGCCGAAGAGCGCACGGAAUGUGCUAUCGACCUGCACGGACUGCAUUCUGAAGAAGCAGUAGAAUUCUUGUCCAUCUUUUUGCGCGCUCUAGAGCAAGAGCAUUACCUUGGCCUCGCCUUCGUCGUCGUCGGACAGGAAAAGCACACAGGCACUGCCGACCUUGCCCGGGGCACCUCUCGAAGCCGACUCGCAGACGGCGUGCUCGAAUACCUCGAUGGCUGUCACUACGCUUAUCGGCUGGCAUCCGGUAUCGUCGUCGUCGAUCAUCUCACUCACUCGUAG